AUGUAUUGGCCACGAGACAGACGUGUUCGCGCUUUUUGAAUUAAAAUCGUUGUUUCUAUACAUACAUUUGUAUAGGUGUAUUGGCCGCACGCCAGACCCUACUUUACCUAUCAACUGAACGCCAGACCCUUCAUGGCAUUUAUUACGAACCCAGUCACAUGUCAGACUCGACUUGGCCUCCACAUAGCCCGACGAGCAAAUCGUUGAGAGGGGUAUGGGAAUAAUGAAUCAAAGAGAGGCACAGGGUGGAAUGAAGCAAUUAGUCCACAAUAAGUCCAGUCAAUUUAAUUUUUAAUGCACAUUGAUGUGCUCUCUUCCCAGUCUUUCUCGCUCCCGCUUGUUUGACUUAGGGGCCUGCUCCCUCCUCUUUUCCAUCUCCCUCUAACACUCGUUUGGCUGAGGCGCUUGCGUUGGUCCGUUGUCUUGAUAUUUAUUUGUUUUAUUUAUCGUUUCUUUUGUUUUGCACAUCUUUUUUGUGCGGUGACCUUGAUAAAUGUGCUUUGGGUGGUAAAUGCUGCUGUGUCAUGAACAGUGGGGCAACUUCCGUUUGGACUGCUUCUAUUUUCAGUUGGAAUGCUCUUAAGUGAUCAAUCUGUGAUCUGUGAUGGAUUCUGCACUGUUUCCCCAUCAUAUCCCCAAGCGGCAACUGGAUAACUAUGGCUGUCUGCCGUCUACCGCUAUAGGGCCCGGCUAUGAGCCUGCGCCCUUUUUGGAAUAUUCCAACAAAUAAAUAAAUGAAUAUGUAUACACGUCAGAACGUGACGUGACCCUGCGAAUCGGGGCAUCUGCUCCAUUCUUAUUCCGACGCUGACACAACUUGACCGAAUAGUCGCCUGCCAAAGCUUGUCGAGAAUAGGCCUGAACUGGUCCGUUCCGAGUAAUCAAUUAAUAAAUGGACAACAAGACAUUGGCCACUCCCAUUACCGGGCCCAUGCGCCUGGUACUGCUAGACAGGUCGAAUCCCGUUUUCGCCUGCUACCUGGUCUGGAUGAGUUUGCUGGUGCUGAAAAUGCUGUGCAUGUCGCUGCUCACAGCCCGCCAGCGGAUGAGGACCAAGACCUUUGCUAAUCCCGAGGAUCUUCGCCUCCCCAAGCUCAGCGAGGUGCGAUUCGGAGAUGCCCAUGUGGAGCGAGUGCGUCGUGCUCAUCGGAACGAUCUGGAGAAUGUGCUGCCGUUUAUGUUAAUGUCCCUGGCCUAUGUGGCCACUGGGCCGCAUCCGAUGGUUGCACGGCUGGUCAUACGCAUCGGGGCAAGUGCCAGAGUGCUGCAUACCAUGGUCUACGCUUUCAUCCCGGUUCCCCAGCCGGCCCGGACCCUAGCAUUCUUCACCACCUUUUUAAUCACCUGCUUUGAGGCGAUCUAUGUGCUCGUCUGCUGUAUCAAGUAUAUCUAGACGCAAAUAGCCCGACGGGCCA